UAUGUACCCUGAGAUAACAUCAGACAGGCAACGGCGGCAGUAUAAGAAAGAGUUUGACUCCGACCUGGCGAGCUACAAGCGUGUGUGUGCCGAGAUGGAUGACAUCAGUGAACAGAUGCACAAGCUGAGCCGAGAGCUGGACACCCUGGAGGAGCGGACGAUGAAGUACCAGGUAAACAAGAAAAAACAUAUGCUAUUACAUUUUCUGGCAAAAACAAUAUGGUUAUGCUCUCUUUACGGUCUAAUAUUCUCCUGAUAUUGGCGUAGAAAUGUUAAAAUAGCAAACUCCAUCGUUAUCUCAUAAUAACAUUUUGCUAAUUCAUUGAAACAAGCCACAUUACAGCACACACACAAACGCUUACUUUAAUUGUUUUUAUUUAUAACUAGUUUUUGAGAACAAAAUCAGAUGAAGAGGAAGACUUGGCUCUCCCAGUAAAAGGAGUCAAGCGUUCAAUCAUUUCACCUAGAAUUUGUCUCAUCGUUGCGCAUACACUGACCGUGUCGGUAACUUUUAUGAAUAACCACCCUUUGAGAGAUCUCCUUUAUAUCUUAGGGAGUGGCUGAUGAAUAUAACCGUAUCAAGGACUUGAAGCGGGUGAGUUAUAAUUGCCCGGGGGGGGGGGGGGGGGGGGGGGGGGCAUAGCUCAUGUUACUGUUCAUCAAGAAUUAAACACUCCCUAUACAUCUCCUUUCUCCAUUUAUUUAAUUUUGGGAGAUAUUAAUUGUAUAAUAUUAUGUAAUUUUUUAAAUAUAUUAUAAUUGAAUAUAUUAUAUAAUGUGCAUUAUGUAAUGAUAUUAUUCACUGACUAUCUUGACCAAUUGAUAUAUCAUUGUACAUUUGCGAUCUAAUGUCUGUAGUGUGGCAUUUCUCCUCUGCAGACACCAGACUAUCAGGCCAAGAAGCAGCAGAGCAAAGAGUUGAGACAGAAACUAUUCCACAUCAAGCGCCUAGUGAAGAACUAUGACAAUAGCCUUUGU